ACACUAUACAGUAGACUGGGACCAGAAUCUAUUUUUGUUUGUGUUAAGUUCAUCUGUUGAAUGAAAAUAUGUAUCACACAAUAUAAAAUUGUAUCUACUAUGCAACAGACUGGUGCAGACUGAUAGCAGAUGCAGAGAGAAAGACAAAGGCUGAGUAAAUGAUAAAAAGCUACAGGUGAGGGAGGAAGAGAGCCGAGUGUGUGUCUCUUUAAGAGCUGGAGUGAGCUAUUGAGCGGGAGGAGGAGGGGGGUUGGUUGGCUGCAUUGGAACAGUCCUCUCUAAUGAGCAGAUUUUCUGAGAGAGAGAGAGACAAACACACAUACACACACACAGACGGAGAGAGAGAGAUACAGAGAUCCAGCCAUAGGAGGAGAAGAGAUUGUAAGACCAAGACAGCAGGUAGGUAGGCAGGCUGUGCGUCAGCCGGCGCUCCAUAGGGAAACAUGGAGAUGAGCAGGAGAUGCUGAAGAGGACAGAACAGACCAUAACAGGAUCAUAUAGAUGGAUGUUAUUUCAUCAAGCAGGCAAACUGAAGGCAAGCCACGCAGAGGAUAAACCACUUAUGGACGCAGUGGAUUAAAGACCUACAGACAGACUGAGAGAGAGGGAGAGGGGGAAUAGGAGAAAUUAAUCAAUUCAGUUGUUUAGUUUCAUUGUCUGUGUGUGCGCACUUGCUGUCAGAAAAGCGUGUGUGUGUGUGCCUGCGUAUAGAGUGUGCGUGCACAAGGCAGGAGACUGCAUUGCUGCUCUCCAGCACCACAGGACAGACAAAAAAAAGCAGCCAAGCAGAUUACCUUAUAUGUUUCCCCAUUUUUCUGUCUCUCCCUCUCUCUAUGCAUGUGUGUGUUCCUUCGCUGUGCAAUCAGGCACAGUGUGUGUGUGUGUAUGUGUGUGAAGGCUGAGAAUAAGAAGAGGAUGGUGAAGCCUGAAGUGAGCUAAAGAUUCAGAGUCUGACCUUAAAUGGUCUUUUUUAUCUGUCUGAUCAUCUGGAGCGGAGUCGAAGAAAAAAUCAAUUUCUGAGGAGAGGAGAGUCUUUUUUUGAUUCAUCACACAGCAUGUCACAGCUCCAGUUGGGGCCUCUGUGCUGAUCGGAGAAGCCGAGAAGGCUGGCUUCUAUGCUGGAGGCUUUGAGGUUUGAAGGGUUGCCACCGGGGAAACUUCUCGGCUCUAUACCCCAGAGAGGUGGAGGUAUCAUCAGGUAGGAGGCGGCUGAGAGCGGGGGCCUGAGUGGAAAGGAGGAGAGGAGUAGGAGGAAGAGUUGUGCCUGUGUGUCGAAGACUGUGUAGGCAAGCCGAUGGCAGGCCGGUGGAGCUGCCUGAUGGUUUAAACUCCUGCUGAGAGAGGACAAUGGCAGCUCUGGGCCCACUCUCCUCCUCUCUCACCUGUAUCUGCCACAAAGAAGCUGGGAAGUGCUAGCUGAUGCAACAAAGAGCCCACCAAGAGGAUGGUGUGAACACGUUCACGUUACCCUUUCCCACCACGCCGGGAGACUCCUGACACCCCUGUGAGGGCCAAGUUUUGUUGUUCACCUUGUUUCUCCUUUCUCUCCUCCGAACCAGCUGAAAACAGAGGGUGGCGUUUCUUGAUUUGUGUGGGAGUUCUCGGCCCUUCCCUCCCACUCUCUCCUCCUCCUCCUCCUCCUCUUCCUCCUCCUCCUCCUCCUCCUCCUCUUCACCCCUGACCUCACCAACCUCAAAACCCAGCUCCAUGGAUUGGUUCUAGCACCAACCUGUCCUUCUUUUUUCUCCCCUUGUUUUCUUUUUCUUUUCUUUUUCUUUUUGUCGAGGCUUCAGGGGAAUUGCCAAGACCUGUUUCAUGCAUGUCCACUGGCGGCAGGUUCAACUUUGACGAUGGGGGGUCAUACUGCGGAGGGUGGGAGGAGGGCAAGGCGCAUGGCCACGGGAUCUGCACGGGACCCAAGGGGCAGGGCGAGUACUGCGGGUCCUGGGCCCAUGGCUUCGAGCUGUUGGGCGUCUACACUUGGCCCAGCGGGAACACCUACCAGGGCACCUGGGCUCAGGGCAAGAGACACGGCGUGGGCGUCGAGAAUAAAGGCCGCUGGGUGUACAAGGGCGAGUGGACGCACGGCUUUAAGGGACGCUACGGGGUACGGGAGAGCACGGGGACGAGCGGGAAGUACGAGGGGACGUGGAACAACGGGCUGCAAGACGGAUACGGAACAGAGACCUACUCGGAUGGAGGAACAUUUCAGGGCCAGUGGGUUGGUGGGAUGCGACAUGGCUACGGUGUUCGUCAGAGUGUCCCCUACGGCAUGGCCGCUGUCAUCCGCUCCCCGCUCCGUACCUCCAUAAACUCUCUCCGCUCCGGUUCGGAGCACAGCAACGGUACAGCUCUGCUAGACCGGACCGGGGCGGUGGUUCCUGUUCCUCCUCCUGUUCCGGGUACUCUGUCCACCAGCGUCUCCAUGUGCAGCACAGGCAGCAGCGGCAGCAGCCCCGCAGUGUCUCGUGGAGGCUUCGUACUGACGGCACACAGUGAGGCUGAGCUGCUGAAGGGGAAGAGGAAGGGCGGGCUGUUCCGGAGGUCCAUCCUGUCUGGGCUCAAGCUGAGGAAGUCCGAGUCCAGGAGCUCCCUGGCCUCCCAGAGGUCUAAACAGAGCUCGUUCAGGAGCGAGGCUGGGAUGAGUACUGUGUCUUCUGCUGCAUCUGAUAUCAACUCUACUAUCAGUCUCGGAGAUGCAGAUGCAGAGUUGGCAGUAGCUGACGAUGAUGUGGACGCCACAGCAACAGAGACCUACUGCGGGGAGUGGAAGAAUGACAAGCGGACGGGAUUCGGUGUGAGCCGGCGGUCUGAUGGGCUGCAGUACGAGGGGGAGUGGCUCAGCAACAAACGCCAUGGCUACGGCUGCACCACGUUUCCUGAUGGUACAAAAGAGGAAGGGAAGUACAAGCAGAACAUCCUGGUGAGCGGCAAGAGGAAGAACCUGAUCCCACUCCGGGCCAGUAAGAUCAGAGAGAAGGUGGACCGAGCUGUGGAGGGAGCACAGAAGGCAGCUGACAUCGCCCGGCAGAAGGCUGAGAUCGCUCUGUCAAGGACGGCUCAUGCGCAAGGUAAAGCAGAGGCAGCGGUAGGAGCAGCUCAGAAAGCCCAGGAGGAGAGUCGCAUGGCCAGAGUCACAGCCAAGCAGUUCUCCCCUUCUUUCCAGCACCCAGGAAACGGCAUGGAGGUGCAGCGUCCAAAACGUCAGGUGUCCAGUGAGAUGGAGGGUGAGGGGUUGUCAAGUAGCGCUGGCACCGCAGACAGCCCCGACCUCUACGUGAAGAGUGCGGGCUCGGAUGACCCCUCAAAUGCCACCCCUGACCUCAGUCCCCCUUCUUCCUCACCACCCCACACCCCGCCUCCCCCUGCCCGGCCGGCCCAGCGCAGCAAGAGUGCCCGCUUCCACCGGCAGAGCGCCGUGGACCAUGGGGACAAGGGAAAAGAGGCGGGUGAGAAAGGUGGGGGAGGAGGGCAGACGGAGAUCCAGGUGUUGAUGGAGGGAGGUGGCGGAGGAGGGAAGGGGGAAUACUCACGGGCCAACAGCUGGACCGAGGACAAGAGGAGAGGGAUGUUGUCGAAAGGAGGAGGUGGGCUCAGUGGACGAGGAGUGAGCCGGACCAACGGGCACAAACACAGCUCCUCCAAUCACAAGUCCCGGGAGCACGGCUCAUCCAAUCACAGACAGGCCAGAGGAGACAAGUGGACAGAGUCGUCCUCAUCUGCCUCUUGGACGUCCGGGCACAGGGGUGUGCACAGCAGGGGAGGCAGGCUGCUAGAGCAGGAUGAGGAGAAAAUUAGCAACUAUGAGAUGGAGAUGAAGCCUUUACAGCCCAGAGACUCCACUACCCACAAGCCCCAUGGGCAUGGGGAGGAGAAACACGGGCACAGUCAUGCUCAUGGAGAGGGGCGUUCGCACACUGUGCAGCGACAGAGGCAUAAGAACCGUGAUGGGAGGGAAGGAAGAGAGGGGAAAGAGGGGAGGGAGGGGGGUAAAGACUCAGUGCACAAGCUGGACAGUGUACGACCGGGGGAGAAGAUGGAUUCCCGGCCUCUACGUCGGGACCUCACCCUCUCCCCCCCUCUGAAGUCCUCCCCCAUCACGCCAGAGCAGCAGGACCACAGCCUCAUGCAGAUCAAAGGCAACUCGGCCUACAGCUCUAUCCUGGUUGUCAUGGUGAUUCUGCUCAACAUUGGAGUGGCUAUUUUGUUUAUCCACUUUUUUAUUUAAGGACAGCACCGCUUUCAGAGUCAGCCUAUCUAUGCUACAACAACUAUAAAUUCAUAUGAGUAUUACGAUGAAUCUGCCACCCCUUCGUAUUCCUGGCGGGAGGACUGCAACCAGCUGAACGGAGAUGAGGACCAAGGAGGGCUACCGCGCAGUCCCUCCGUCAUGAUUUGGGUUCAAAAGUGGGCUAACCGAGGCUAAGCUUGGUCCAGCAGUCCUGAAGGAGAUGCUGAAGUGCACAGACCAAAGAAGUGGAUGACAGAGGGGUAAACCAGUCCAGGUGACUGGACUACAGGGAGAUAAUACAGUCCAGAAACUGGACUAAAGUGAGCUUCAGUAGUUCACAUGUAGACUCAAGUGGGCUGAAGCGGUCUGAUUCCCAGACCAUGAGAGAUGCAGCUGGCGUUACAGCAAGAUGUCUGCUUCCACUGUCUGCAGACAGGACUGACAAGACAGACUUUUUUCAUCUUCAAAUCAUAGUUUUCAACAGAUUUGUAACUUAUAAUUUAUUUAUUAACAUUUUCUCUCAUGUACUAUACGUUGAUGGAUAUAUUCUUUAUUUUGUAAAUCCUCCACCCAUCUUUAUAUAACUCCUGCCUUUUGGUUCCUCCGCCUACCCAGGUGUUGUUACUGAUGGUUCAAAGUGUGUGUGUGUGUGUGCAUGUGUAUGUAUGUAUGUGUGCUGCCUGGUUGACGGCUGCCUGUCCACGACCCCUGUGCGCACACACACAUUGCUUGUACCCAUCCCUCUCAUCCAUCCGUCACCACUCUGAUGUCUGAUGUCUCCUCUCAUUCUUCAUCUUGUAUAGGGAGUGAGAUAAAGUGUGUGUGUGUGUGUGUGUUUGUGUGUGUGAGCAAAGUGCAUGAUUAUGUGUACCUCUGCACACUGUAUAUACAGUAUGUUUGCAGUGUACACGUGUGUGUACAUGGGUUUUUGUGCAGAAUGUGAGCGUGUUUGAAUCUAUAUCAAGCUGCAAUGUCUUUUCUAGCAAUGUGUGUGUCUGUAUGUGUGAGAGAGUGUGUGUGUGAUCUCCAAGUAGCUCGGUGGCCUUUCACGCUGUUCAUGAACUUUACAAGAGCAUCUCAUGAGGACACAGUCACCACUCAUCCACAUCCAGCCUACCACCAUCAUCUGACAGCUAUGCUCUCUCCGUCUCUCCCUCCUACUCUCUCCCACCUCCACACACACCCGUCAGAGAACGGAGCUUCCUCUGAGUUGGUGGUAGUUCAAGACAGACCGUCCUUGGCAAAGCCCUGCACCUACUCUACCAUUAGCAGAUGUAUUUAGAGGGAAUACUGCAUUAAUCCAAGCGUGUAUAACACCACAAAUACGGCUUAAAAGACUACAUCCUGUUGAUAAAUCAGUGACUCCGACUGCUUCUCUCAAAACUUAACCUGAAGACAGCGACAACAUCUUUUAUACUAUACUUGCAAGAUGUCUGAAAAAAAAAAAAUAGUAGUCGCCACCUGCCUUGCUUUUGUAGCACAAAUUGAUAAAAGUACACCAAUGCAUGCAUAUGUACUGUAAUAUCUUAGUCGUGCGUUGAAUCUGAAAGAAAAAAAAAAUCUUCUGAAGCACAUGCGACAUGUUAAGUUUUGAUAGUGGCAGUAUCUGGAGAGGAAUCUGGUUCAAAACAUAAAGUCAAAAUGCCUUUGAAGUACUGUUAUUGAUCUUUUAUGGCUUAAAUAGAACCAGAUUAAGUCUCCAUGUGGUGCUAGAUGAUACACCAAGCAGCCUGAAAUGAACAAACUAUUUGAAACUAUUUGGUGAAAUGAUGCAAGUCUGUUGUAGUGAGGUAGAAAGCAGUGGCCAGGAUCAAGGUCAGGAUUUACCGCCUUCAUUCUUCAGCUUUGCCUCCUCUGAUCCAAGCCCCUCAGUGACAGGCAGACAGACUAAAGUACAGUCAUAAAUACCCGUCACAAUUUGCCUGUUUUUAUAUUCGGGUGAAGACACUGGGUUUCUCUUUGUGUGUGUCUUUCAAACCCAUCCAGCAGACCAGCUUCUGUGUUUGUUUGCAUGUGUGCACAUGAAUGCUCAUUGGAGUGUGUGAACAUGUGUGUGCAUCCUCCUUCCACGUGAUGGGAUGGCUGAGCCCGUUGCCAUCGGUAACAACUUCCAGGGGGCAGGGAGCUGCUGUUGCUUUUCUGUCCGACAGUGUUUCUCAAACUAUGGAUUGGAACUCAAACUCGGCUGUGGGCUCAUUUCUGGAGUCCUCCCCCCCCACGCCUCCAACAUUACAAGAGUACAGUCUAAUGUGCCUGCACCCCAGGAGGCAGAACAAUAUAUUUGUAUUUCAUUUAGGUCCCAGACUGAUAAAGGUUUAAGAAGCUCCGCUGUAUGCCACCAGCCUGGUGACGAUGUCCUGCGCCACCGUUAGUCCGCAGCAUGCUACAGCAUGCCAAGCUCUCUCUCUCUCUAUAGUUUGACUCUCCUCUUUCUUUCUUUCUUU